CAAUGGCGAUGCUGACGUGUUUUGGGGCACUUCUAGUAGUGGUCGGGUCUGUACAGAGCUGCUGCCCCCCUCCUCAGUUGGAGGGAAUCACUGUUGCUGGUGGAGUUACGGUUACCAAAACCAAGUUCUUUAACGAGACAAAUGACCCGUAUUCUGGUUAUUCCAAGAUAUACCACGAUGAGGUUAAUCGAAAGUUUGCCAAGGAUGUUUACGUCACGUUUGAGAAGGCUGGGUCCAUGACCUUAUUUGUACUUGAAGAUUACGCUGGUGGCAAAAGAUACGUCGUUCUAAAUGGAACGUGUAGCGUAGCACCGUUGAAGGGGGACUUUAAUCGAGAAUUGUGCGUUUCUCCAACGAAUUAUAAGGGCAAGAUGGUUUUGGGACUAGGAAAUAACACGAUACUGAUGGACUUGUAUAGCGUGAACUACUCCAAUCCAGAUUUCGACAUCACUGGGGAUGCCAUGGUCUUUCCUCUGACUGAGGACCGCUGCGUUCCACAAUCAGAAAUGAUCAUAGCGAGAAAAGGCUCGGUAUUUGUCGCUCGGGAGUCAGCGAUCCUCUACAACACAACGGACAGUAUUUCCAAUUCCUCGAUAUUUGAUAUCCCCAACGAAUGCCAGAAUAAAACACAACUGAAAUUUGUACCUCAUUUUCACGUGCAGUUAAAUGCAUUUAAAAUAAGGAUUUAGCUUUUAAUUACAUGUGCUUAAUUGAAAAUAAAUGCCUGCAUGCUUGACAAUCGGUAUUUGCUAAUUCAUUAAUACAAACUAAAUGUCGAAAUUGAACCUCUUUGAGGACAUUUUAAAAUAGUGAUUAUUGUUCUAUUAUCUUUAGAUUAUCUAAAGACAACCCUUCAUUUAUAUCAUACGCAUUUUAUGUAGAUUAUAAUUAACAAUGAUGAAAAAAUAGCUUAGAGCAAAUAAAUGAGACAAGUAAAAGUCAAACAAUAAAUUUCUAAAUUUCUA